AUGGCUGCCUUCCCCUUGUUCAGAGGCAGGGUUGGGUCUGAGGCAGCUCCAUUCUCUCUAAGUGUGAACACUCUCCUUGGCAGCAGCAGCCUUUGUGGCAGUGGAGAGCUGCACCAGAGCAAGAGAGGCUGUAGUGGGCACCCGGUGCAGGCUGGGGAGCAGGCUGUGGCAGUUGCGGGAAACCAGCCGGAGCUCCAGAAUAAUAUAGCCGAUCCAGAAGAACUGUUCACAAAAUUAGAACGCAUUGGAAAAGGCUCCUUUGGAGAAGUGUUCAAAGGUAUUGAUAACCGUACCCAGCAAGUGGUUGCUAUUAAAAUCAUAGACCUUGAGGAAGCCGAAGAUGAAAUUGAAGACAUUCAGCAAGAAAUAACUGUUUUGAGUCAGUGUGACAGCUCAUAUGUAACAAAAUACUAUGGAUCAUAUUUAAAGGGUUCAAAAUUAUGGAUAAUAAUGGAAUACCUGGGUGGCGGAACCCUUUCCAAAUGUAUCACACUGAGAGCUGGUCCAUUUGAUGAGUUCCAGAUCGCUACCAUGCUAAAGGAAAUUUUGAAAGGUCUGGACUACCUGCAUUCAGAAAAGAAAAUUCACCGAGACAUAAAAGCUGCCAAUGUCUUGCUCUCAGAACAAGGAGAUGUGAAACUUGCUGACUUUGGAGUUGCUGGCCAACUGACAGAUACACAAAUUAAAAGAAAUACCUUUGUGGGAACACCAUUUUGGAUGGCUCCUGAAGUUAUCCAGCAGUCAGCUUAUGACUCAAAAGCUGACAUUUGGUCACUGGGAAUUACUGCAAUUGAACUAGCCAAGGGAGAGCCACCUAACUCCGAUAUGCAUCCUAUGAGGGUUCUGUUUCUUAUUCCAAAAAACAAUCCUCCAACUCUUGUCGGAGACUUUACUAAAUCCUUUAAGGAGUUUAUUGAUGCUUGCCUGAACAAAGAUCCAUCAUUUCGUCCUACAGCUAAAGAACUUCUGAAACAUAAAUUCAUUGUAAAAAAUUCAAAGAAGACUUCUUAUCUGACUGAACUGAUAGAUCGAUUUAAGAGAUGGAAGGCAGAAGGACACAGUGAUGACGAAUCUGAUUCUGAGGGUUCUGAUUCGGAAUCCACCAGCAGGGAAAAUAAUACUCAUCCUGAAUGGAGCUUUACCACCGUGCGAAAGAAGCCUGAUGCAAAGAAACUACAGAAUGGGGCAGAGCAAGAUCUUGUACAAACCCUGAGCUGUUUGUCUAUGAUAAUCACACCUGCAUUUGCUGAACUUAAACAGCAGGAUGAGAAUAAUGCUAGCAGGAAUCAGGCAAUCGAAGAACUGGAGAAAAGUAUUGCUGUGGCUGAAGCUGCCUGUCCUGGCAUCACAGAUAAAAUGGUGAAGAAAUUAAUUGAAAAAUUUCAAAAGUGUUCAGCAGAUGAAUCCCCCUAA